GGUUUUUAUGACAUUAUUGUUAUUGUUAAUUUUGGUCCCCAUUUUUUACCUUUUCAAUCAUAAGAAGUAUAACGGUCGACUACCACCUGGUUCAUUGGGACUGCCGGUGAUAGGGCAAAGCCUCAGCCUUUUGAGGGCCUUGAAGGCUGACAAGGUCGAGAAAUGGUUUCAAGAAAGAAUAACAAACCAUGGUCACGUCUGGAAAGCAAGUCUUUUUGGAUAUCCGACAGUAGUUUUGCAUGGUCCAGCAGCAAAUAAGUUUGUAUACACUUGUGAUGGGAAUCUACUCGCCAACUCACAACCACCAUCUCUCACUAGGAUCGUUGGUUGCAAAAAUCUAAUGGAGUUGUCCGCCAAUGACCACAAACGAGUCAGAGCGGCCCUAGUCUCUUUCCUUAAGCUUGAAGUGUUGAAACAAUAUGUCGCGAAAGUAGAUGUAGAAAUCCAACACCAUCUUCAAAGUCAUUGGCAUGGGAAGCAUGAGGUCCAGGUGCAACCUUUGAUGAAGACCUUAACCUUCAACAUAAUUUGCUCGCUUCUUUUUGGGAUUGAAAGAGGAACCCAAAGAGAGAAAUUGUUACCGCUUUUCCAUGAUAUGAUUGAAGGUGUGUUAUCAGUUCCUAUCAAUUUGCCUUUCAGUAAAUACAAUCGUGCAAUCAUAGCAAGGAAGAAACUUGUACCGAUGAUUAUACAUCUUAUACAAAAGAAAAAGGAGGCCCUUAUGGAACAAAAUCAAGGAGACAUACCUCAUAAAGAUCUAAUCACUUCAUUGCUUAGCAUUCGUCAUGAUGAUAGCUCAACAAUGAUAUCCGAAGAGGAGAUCAUUGACAACAUCAUCGUUGUGAUGAUAGCAGGAUAUGACACCACCUCCGUCCUUCUUACCUUCUUCCUUAGGCUUUUGGCUAGCAACAAAUCUAUCUACUCUACUAUAGUUCAAGAACAACAAGAAAUUUCCAAUAGUAAAGCGCCUAAAGAAGCUUUAACAUGGGAAGACCUCACCAAGAUGAAGUACACAUGGAGAGUAGCAACUGAGUUAACGCGGAUAAAUCCUCCUGUGGCUUUGAGCUUCCGAAGGGCUAAACAAGAUAUUGAGUAUGGAGGAUUCAUAAUUCCAAAAGGAUGGCAAGUAAUGAUAUCUAUGUCCAUGACACACAUGGAUGAGAGCAUUUUCCAAAAUCCAACCAUGUUCGACCCUACUCGUUUUGAGAAACAUGCACCAUCACCACCACCUUUUAGUUACACGGCGUUUGGAGGUGGGCCGAGGAUGUGUCCUGGCUUUGAGCUCGCAAAAAUGGAAACUUUGGUCAUGAUGCAUCGUUUGGUGACAACAUUCACUUGGGAGCUACUUAAGAAAGAUGAGUCCUUCAAAAGAGUUCCAAUGCCAGAAUUUGAUCAAGGGUUGUUAGUUCGGGUCAAGCCCCUCAAAGAAACCAGGGCGUCCUAUGAAGCUUGAACGUUAUGAUAGAAUUUGUAAGCUUGUUAAUUUAUAUAAGGGUACGAGUAAAUUAUAAGACCAUCAAUUGUGUCAUAAUAAUAAUAUUCAUCAAUCGUUAUAUAAGUUUCUAA